GCCAUCACCUAAGCAAUUGUGAUUCCCAUUCUAGAUCCUUCUCUCUGCACUGAUACCCAAAUAUCCCAGAAUUUCAAUCCUGAACAGUCCAUACUACCUCAAUAACAUUCUAUCUCUGCCGAGUGGACAUUUCAAAUCAUCCAACCCCCCCGCCUCCGGCCGCAGGCUCACGCCUUCUACACCCUCAGCAUGUCUGCGCAUGUCGUGGUGAUUGACUCGACAGCGAGACGCCAUGUCGUCAAGACCACACCGAAUAAAUACCUCAGCGAAGUUGUUGAGGAAGUCUCCGCGAAAUUAGGUAUCAAUGCCUCUCAAUAUGGCCUAAAACAUAACAACAAACCCGUCGAUCUAUCGAGAACCCUACGUCUAUCCGGUCUAUCUUCCGGCGCCAAACUCGAACUCAUCCAACUCUCUAAAUCCGCUGGUGUGGUUUCGAUAGCCCUGCAACUCCCCGAAUCUGAGGCAAAGGGUCAACCCAAUGCACGUCUCACAGAUAAAUUCCCCAGCUCCACCACCCUUUGGCUAGUCCUCAGGAAGUUUGAGGCCGGUGUCGCAGGAGGAGGAAGUUCAACACGAAAUUUCACUGCUCGAGGCGUUCCAUCAAGUCAAGGCGCCGCUGGUGCGGGAAGAUUGUACUAUGAACAGCCUGUGUUGAAUUGCUUAAAUCGAGAAUUGUCUUCUUUUACCGAUCUGCAAAAGACACUUGCUCAGCUUGGCCUCAACAGUGGUUCUGCCCUGAUUCGACUCAGCUUCCGCCACACAGAUAUGCCUUUGGAAGAAGCCAUGGCCCAGAUACAAGGUUAUUUUGACACAGUCGACCCUCCGUCCACAUCGCACCAGCCAACGCCAAAGGUUGAGCCCGUCAAUGAGCCUGUUGCUCCAUCAAGUCAGCAACCAGAGCAGCCAGAAUGGACGGAAGAUAUCAAGCCCAACGAGACCACUAGUCCCGAACAAGAACCUGGUCCUUCCACUUCCGCCUCCGAAGCCACUGCCACAACCACCACGUCGAGCGGUCGGCCAGUGUCAGUUUUCCGGCCUCCUAGUUCAACAACACCCUCAGCUGCUUUAAUCUCCCACAAUGACACAGACUACGUUCCUACGGUGGAACAUGCACAAAUCCAUCAGAAAAUGCUCAAUGACAGCACCCGCAACCGACGGUUACCCACCGAAGCAGAGCUUCAAGCGCAAGCAACAGAAGAAGCGGCGAAGUGGGCACAAAUCACAGAGGUCGAGAUCAAAGUUCGGUUUCCUGAUCAGAGUGCGGUGAGUGCCAAAUUCAAGCAGACAGAUACAGGGCACGACCUCUAUGGGUUCGUGAGAGACUGUCUGGAAGACAAGUGGCGAUCUGACGUUUUUCACCUGCGGAAUCCUGGUGUCAAGGGAAAGAAUGAGACUAUUCCAGAUGACGCCAACAAGACAUUGAUCCGUGGCCUACAGCUAAAAGGUCGAGUACUGGUGACAUUUACUUGGGAUGAUUCAAAGGCUAGUCUCGAGGCAAGAGGGACAAAAGCACUGUUAAAACCCGAAUUGCGAGCUAAAGCUCAAGAGUUCAAGGCUCCUGAGGUGAUUGCUUCACAGGACACGCCAGAUGACCCUGGCGUCAAGGUGACCUUGGGUAGCAAGACAACCUCGGAAGAUAGUGGAGACACGAAGAAGAAACUACCAAAGUGGUUGAAGGGAUUGGCAAAGAAAUAGAGGUUGCGGUAGCCACAUCGGCUAGAGACUGUACGUCGAUGUCAUGUGUAGCAUCAUCUCGUAUGAGAUACGGUCUUGGGACUAUAAAUAUUAGAGCAUGACAUGAAUUUAAUAGCGAUUGCAUACCG